UUAUUAUUUAACUAUUGCCCCAGGGUCCUCACAAAUGGUGCCAGGUGGUGGUAUAUAAUACUUUGAAAGUGUUGACACAUGCCUCAAAUUUUAUUUUUAUUUUAGUGUGAUCUUUUAGCUUUAUUUGUUUCUUUGUUUCUAACAUUACCAAUUUUCAGCGCAAAUACAUGCCCAAUUACAAAACAGUCACUAUGAGUAUUUCCUCUGCUGCCCAACAAGCCCCAUUGACCACGUCUAGGUCAGACUGUUCAUUUGAUGACCCUGAAAUUGUCCCAGGUCAUCGUGCGCUUGAUGACCAGGACAUGAAAUUUGCCAUGGCAGAUACUUUACCCUUACCAGAUACUUCCAAGCAUUCUGAGCGCAGAGCCCAGCGUUCGAUGCCUGGUGUAUCACCAAAGCCACCAAGAUCUGCCUCACCUAGUGGCUAUAUAAAUAAAUUUAAAAUUGAACCCGAUCAAACGCUUUGGCAAAGUCCUUCAAUGUUUUUCCCCCCUAUUGAUUCAUGGAAUAAUCCCUUUUCUACACCUGUUUGGGAGAAUUCUACAGUGGGUGAGCCUUCCCAAGCUCCCCCAGUUUCUUUGUAUUCAGGGGAGAAAUACCCAUGUGGUGAGCUCGCAAGAGCUCCCACUUUUCGAAAACAUGCAGGGAGGACAAAUCCGUGGGGUGAGCCUUCCCAAGCUCCCCUAAGCCAAGGGCGUUUAAAGAGGGAAUCAUCGCAGGAUGAGCCUUCCCAAGAUGCUCUCGUUUCUAGGUAUUCUGGGGAGAAAUACCCCCGUGGUGAGCUCGAAAGAGCUCCCAGUUCUCAAACAUACCCAGGGGAAGCCAAUCCGUGA